AUGUCCUUUUGCGGCAAUGUUCUUCGCAAACAAAAUCGCAGAGGUCGGGAGCUGAACGGUCAGAAGGUUCGGGGUCAAAGCAAAAUGAACAGAAGAAGGAUAAAGCAUUUCUUUUUAGCUAAAAUUCGUAGAGCUUAUGCUCUAGGAGGAUGUUUGAUGUUUAUGUGGCUUUCUACACAUGCUUUGUUACUGUAUCGACGUAGAAAUGAGCAUCGAAGACUCAACGAAAAAAUGCCUCCUAUGUCUUGGGAGCAAUUUGUGCAGGACUAUCUUUUGCCUGGAAAGGUGAAAACUAUCGUAUAUCAGCCGCAAUAUGAAGUUGGUAAUGUGUAUCUCCAUUCAGUCACAGAGCAGUUGAUGAAGAAAGAAUUGUUAAAUCUGAUUCAUGCUGCCCCCGACAAGUUCUCUCGACCCCCAGAUGUCAGAUUUUACUUUGACGGUGAUGCAUCUGCUGUUGAGCAUGCCAUAAAAAAUCUUCAGAAGCUUACACACGAUACUCCAAAACCAUUAAAGGAGGUUGACUUCGAAAUUGACCAGUUCCCAAGCAGCAGAGAACUGGCCUUCAUCAUCAUAAGUACAUUAUUCACUAUGGCUGCAAUCACACUAGUGAAGUAA